GUGCACGACCUAGACCCGCUCGCGGUAGCGCGAGACCUGUUUCCGGACAUGCCGCCAGGCUUUCCUUUUGAGAACUUUGAACUUGAGGAGCUGAUCUUGCCAAGUGGUGACGAUAUGGGGAUAAGGAGCGAUGACGAUGACAUAAAGGAAGAGGAUAUCCAGACUCAGUCAGGCUUUGGAUCUUGCCUUGUGAUUCAAAACUUGCCCAAGGCGCCGGAGGAGAAAUAUGAGAAGCUUAUGACCGUUGUUCGGACCAUCGCGAGCAACAUGGGGGACGUGCGCGAGAAUGGCAUUUACAUGCCACUUGACGACGCAACGAAGUUAACGAAGGGUUUUGCGUUUGUGGAGCUAACCCGCAAGGAGGACGUGGAUGCGGCGCUUCUGAAUGAGCGCUUUGCAAAUGGCUAUCAGCUGGACAAGAACCACAAGCUGAGCUUCUGCCGCUUUGAUGACUUCGACAAGUACGCGAAAGUGCCGUACGAGUACGUACCACUUGAGCAAGUCCCAUACAAACAACCGGAGAACUUGCACAGCUGGCUGGCCGACAAGCUGGGCCGUGAUCAGUACGUCCUGCGGUUUGGCGACAACACGGUGGUGUGCUUCAACGACGGAAAGCGCAGCCGCGCUGAGGUGGCCUUCCAGCGCGAGUACUGGACGGAGUCGUUUGUACAGUGGUCUCCGCAAGGCACCAUGCUUUCGACGAUGCACAGACAGGGCAUGGCAGUAUGGGGUGGGCCGUCCUUCGCCCGCCUGAACCGCUUUGCUCACCCCAACGUGCGGCUCAUUGACUUCUCACCCAAUGAGAAGUACAUUUUGUCGUACACCAGCCACGAGCCGGUCACCGCUCGGGACUCGUACACCAUCCUCAUCAACAUCUGGGAUGUGCGAUCGGGCAAGCUGCUGCGCAAAUUUGAGGGCCCCGUGGACGAGUACGCUGUGGGAUCAUCUGCAGGGCCCAACGGCGCACUGAAAUGGCCGGUCUUCAAGUGGGCCGGUGGCCGGGAUGAUCUAUACUAUGCCCGCCUGGGCCGUGGCAGGAUCUCAAUCUUCGAGUGCCCCCACAUGGGCCUCCUGGGCAAGGAGUCGCUCAAGCUGGAUGGCGUGCAGGAUUUCGAGUGGAGCCCCUCGGAGCCGCUGCUGGCCGCAUAUAGCGCAGAGCAGGGCAACCAACCAGCGCGCAUCGUUCUGAUUAAGCUUCCCGAGCGUACAGAGAUUCGGCAGAAGAACAUGCUCAACGUCAGCGACGUGAAGCUGUACUGGCACCCACAGGGCACGUACCUGGCCGUCAAGGUUGAGGCCUGGACCAAGACGAAGAAGUCGACGACGACGAGUUUCCAAAUCUUUUGCGUCAAAGACAAAGACGUACCCCUCGAGGUAUUUGAGCUCAAGAACAACAAGGAACGUGUGCUCAACUUUGCGUGGGAGCCCAAGGGCCACCGGUUCGCCGUAGUGCAUGGAGACGGGCCCCGCCCCUCCAUUUCGUUCUUCACGAUGCGUGACGAGAAGAGCCGCCUAGGCGUGCGCGAGCUGAAGUUGCUGGACAACCGCGCCUGCAACGCCAUCAGCUGGUCGCCGCAGGGGCGCAACAUCGUGUUGGCGGGGCUGAAGAAUUUCAACGGGCAGUUGGAGUUCUUCAAUGUAGACGAGAUGGAGACCAUGGCCACGGCGGAGCACUUCAUGGCCACGGAUGUAGAGUGGGACCCCACCGGCCGCUACGUGGCGACAAUAGUGUCGCAUGUGCAGCAGAUGGAGAAUGGCGUCAAUGUCUGGUCCUUUGCCGGCCGGCUGCUGUACAGCACGCAACGCGACAAGCUGUACCAAUUCAGCUGGCGACCGCGCAUGCCUAGCCUGCUGCCUCCGGAGAAGGAGGCGGAGAUUGCCAAAAACCUCAAACAGUACUCGAAGCGGUACGACGAGGAGGACGAGCAGCUGAUCAUGCAGGCCGACGCCGACGUGCUACACGAGCGUCAACGUGCGCUGGACGAUUGGAAGGUGUACGUUGAGAGCCGCCGCGACUACGCGGCACUCCAGCUGGACUUCAAGCGGGAGCUGUACCGACAUCGCUUUGCGGAGAAGGAGUUCCGCAUCGAAAAGGUUUUGGUGGAGCAAGUCGUUGACGUGAAGGAGGAGCCCUACAACACCAAGUAAUCAGACGGCUGCGGUGCAGCAGCUUUUCCAACAACCAACAGGAUGCUUUUGACUGUAGUGCUGAGGCCAAAAUUGGGGUUGGAUAAGCGAAAGCCGCGUGAGAGGGUACGAGCGUUUAGACUGUGCCCAGGGUGGUGGCUCGAUGGCGGCACAGGCUGGUGUGUCGUGGCUGCGGGGCGUCGGCGGCGGCACUCGGGUUCAGGGACUUCGAUGUCGCAUGGUUGAAGCGAUGUUGAACCCGCCACAUGAGCCGAAAGGCGUAAGCGCCGUAGACGUAUGCCGGCCACGUCCACGCUUUGGCGUGUGCGCGACUGUUUUAGCUAAAUGGGUCGCUGGUCGAAUGAAUGGUGGAGGAGUGGGUACUGACCGGGGAGACGCAGGUGCACAGCAUACGGGGCAGUGGCGUUCAUUGCAACUCGUCGUUUUUACGCUAUGUACGGCAUGUUUGUCUCUUAUCAUUGGCGUUGGCGAUCAGACGCUGAGUGCUCAGUUAGUACGGUGGUGAACCGUGUCUCGGUGAGAUUGACGCGGGAUAGGAGGGAUGGGACCGGUACGCCGUGGGAAAUGAUGAUAGGACACAACAGGCUUUCCUGCAGGGUGUUGGGGGUGCGAAUACUAGUGAAGCAGCUGCGUCCUUUCAGACAGAAUGUAGUCAUUUGUUUCCAAGGCGUUGACGUGGACGAGCACGUUACAGGCGGACUUCUAGCGGGUAGAUUGGUUAGCCACAUGAUAUGCGUGUUGUGCGCAAACGCAGGUGCACAAACUACGUUCAGGGCCUCCAGCUCAAGUGAACUGGUGUUUUUUGACAUUAUUGCAGGACGUUGUAAAAAUUCCAACUUUGGUAUUUUUUGUCUGAACCCUUUCUUCCAGAAGCAUUCCAACCUUGUGGCUGCAUUUCACAAACAUCCAGAGCGCACUCUGCAGUUGAAUAUUUGAUCAGGAAAAAUGCUUGGUUUCCGUCGAGCUGCGUCGGGCAGCUUCACUCGCAGUGCCCCGGGUCGGCCAUUGCCGAUGCGCGGUCUACCACUACUGAAGACACGUGCAUCUGGGGAGGAUGUGCCACCAGUCACACGUCUCACAGCAGAGGAUGCGUGUAAACUUUUGGAUGUGAGCACCAAUGCAAGCUUUGAGGAGAUUCUCCAGGCGAAAAAUCGGAAGCUUGCAGCUGCUGAUGGAGACAUGGAUCAGGUUGUGGAAAUCGAGAGCGCAUAUGACAUCCUCUUCAUGCGUAGCAUGAAACGACGCAUCACCGGGGAGCUGGAGGUAUCCACCAGUGUGCGCUAUGCCGACGUGCCGUCGACACCAAAGCGCGGCGCCGCCGCAAAAGCAACGAAGCAAGUUGGCGGCAUGAGCGGGGCCGCCCCCAAGGUAUCCCCACUCAAGCUCCCGGCGGGGGGGCUGCCCGUGGGAAUCUCUAUGCCCGCCAAUCGGCAGGUGGCGCUGGUGCAGAGCGGCGUCUUUACCGCACUCGGACUGUGGGCCCUAGCGCAGGCGCUUCUGGAGUCUCCCGACGCACAGCUGGCUGACACGGCGGGGCUGCAGAUGGCGCUGGCGCUGGGUUACUCCGUGUAUAGCCUUCGGGAGAACAAGCGGAUGGAGCUCGGU